UAUGUUUUUCUUUUUUUUUUUUUUAAAGCUUUUUUUUAUGUGAGAAGUUUGUGUAACAAUUCCGAAGAGCGCUAUACAGGGGGAGAACUUUUUAAUUUGAUCGAUCUGCUUGUGGCAAUCGCCUAUAACAAUUAAUUAAAUCAUGAGUAACGUGGAAUAUAAACCUGCUGAAAAAUUACAAAUUCGCCUGGUCAGGCCGGAUCGUAACUCUCCUUGGGGAUUCCGGCUUCAAGGCGGCAUCGACUUUAACACUCCCCUGUCCAUCCAAUCGGUGAACCCUGGAAGUGUGUCGGAACAAUGCGGUCUAAAGCCAGGCGACGCCAUUUUGGCGAUCAACAACAGUACCUCGGACGCCAUGACCCAUGAUGAAGCCAAAGCUGAGAUCAUGAGGUCUGGAGAUCAAAUCUAUAUGUUGGUUGAGAGGGGCGCGGUCAAGAUCUGGAAGCCACAGGUCACUCCUCUGAACGAACUGCGCCCUACUGAGCUGAAAACCAUCCAGUCCGCCACUGGCGAGGAGAUCACACCAGUUCAGAGGACGUCCCUGGCCAUCAAUAAACCUCCAGAUGAGCCUUGCAAGAUCGGCAGCACCCACAACAGAUCGGCCCAGCCCUUCGGCCAGGCCAAGGCCGCCGUCCCCAAUGUAGUGCACGCCCAGUACAACUCACCAAUGGGACUGUACUCUGCCAAUAACAUUGCAGACACCUAUAGUAAACAGACUGAAGGCAUCCAGGCUCAGAUGCAGAAUGUUGAUCUGAAUGAUCCAGCGGCGGAGGUUAAAAACGGCGAGGGCGAGGGAGCCCCCUCAUCCAAGUCCGUGGCCCAGAGCGCGGUGCACGAAGAACAGGAAGGGGAGACGCCUGAGUAUAAAGGGUACACUAACCCCAACCUUCAGUCCAGGUCGUUCUACAAACUUCAGGAAAAAUUGUCAGCAGAAGAGGAUGGGGAAGAAAAUAAUAACAGGCCCUCUGGUUUCCGCUCGGUGUCUGCCCCGAUCGCCAAGCCAGCCUCAGAGAAGCCUCAACAGCCAUCAAUGAGAUGUGGAGGCUGUGACAUGCUCGCAACAGGUGUUAUCGUCAAAGCCAAUGGUGUCCCCUAUCACGUGGCCUGUUUCAAGUGCACUUCAUGUUCUAUGAACUUAAAGCAGAAAGGUUUUUUCGUUGUCGAUGGUAAAUUGUAUUGUGAGACUCACGCCAAACGUCAAGCACAGCCCCCUGGUCCAGAUAUGGUGGCUGUUCCAGUCUACAGGUAAUUCUCAGGCUGGACGAAUCUCCACAGUGAAGAGUUCUGUUUCAACAGUGAAUGGUUAAGCAAGUGAUCAGCCUAUAAAGAAAAAAAAAACAACAGUUUUUUGUUUUAAAAUUAUUAUCAUAAAAUUUAAACUUUUACCAAUCACCAAUUUCUACCUAGGAAUUGUUGGUAUACCCUCACCCAUCCCCCCCCCUAUGUAAGUCCCUCCCAGCAAAAGGUGAUUUAGCUUCUUGCACCAUGUAACUAGUAGAUCUGCUUCAUAUGAUUAGAUCAAAUCAACAUGUAGAACACAAAUCAUCAUUGAUGCUUCUAGACUGGUAGUGUCCUUAGCUUAGGUACAUGGCUGUAAAGCAUGGAUACAAAGUUUUUAUUACUAUAGUAUCUAUUACUAUAAUGUAAAGUGCAAAUGUUUCUGUCAUAUAAUAAUAAAGGCUGUCUAACUGAUGUAAGGUGUGUGCCAUUAUGGUUUUUGUUUUUUUAAAUUUGUUCUCAUGUCAUAGAGAAUUAGUGAUGGCAGUUUAGAAAACUUAUAACUCAAUUUUUUCUUCAUAACAAUUUUUUUCAAGAAUUAUCAUAUAAGUAUUUUAAACUGUUAAAACCCAGAUAAAAUUAUCCAACCAAUAUUUGUAAUGGAAGAUAUUUUUCUUGUAAGGAGUUAUUGAUCCCGUUCAUUAUGUAUGACUUGUAAGGAGUUAUAGAGCCUGUCUAUAACUAUUUGCAUUGUCUUGUAAUGUGAUACAAAUGCUCUCAGUUAUCUUUUGGCUGCUGUUACAUGUAUUUGUGUUACUGUAAGGUACUAGUAAGGGACUUAACUAGUAUAGGUCAGCUAGGUAUAUUAAGAAAUGUGUGUUUCAUGUAAUGCCAGGAUUUAUUCUGAUUGUAUUGUGUCUGUCAGGCCUAAGUGAACAAUGUCUGUCAUGCAGGUACUGGGAUAAUCAACAUAUUUUAAUGUUACUUUUGGUAUUUAAAAAAAAUAUAUAUUUAAGUUUGUUUAUUUAAAUAUUUUUUCAUGUCAUGCUAAAAGCUACAUUUCAAAAUCAUUUUUUUUAAAUUCUAUUGUUUAUUUUUUCCCCAAUAUAGAGAGUGCUUCUAUUUUAAAAUGAUUUAAGACUUUAAAACUAAUAUUUUUUCAAAAUCAUUUGCAAUUGUCAAUUUUCUCUAUAAAGAAGCUUUGUUGAAAAUUGGAAUAUUAAAAAAAAACAAAAACAAUGUACCCUCCCCCCCUAAAAACAUGUUGACAAAAAUAUAUUUAGUUCAAUUCCUAUUUCAAAGACAUAUUGACUUCAUAUUCAAUCAAGUUUUAAUAUUCUAAAAUAGACUAUGACUUUUGUAUGUCUGUAAUGACAUUAGCGUAAAAAAAUGUGUAAUAUACAUACACAUGUGUGUUCUAUUUUUGGUGUUAGACCAGGUUCGACUUUUUAUUCUCAGAAAAAAAAUGGAUUAAACUUUAAUGCUAAAUUAAUUUUACAAAACUGACAGACAGAUAUGUUACAGAUAUGUUAAUUAAUUUUUUUUAAUGCACUUUUUUUUCCUUUAUUCUUUUUUAAACUAUACUAACAGAAGGAGUCAAUUUUUUAAUCUAAUGUAUAUAGAAAAUGCACUUACUCUUGCUCUUGUGGUAUUUUUUAAUACAAACAUAUUUACACAUCUAGUCUACAUUUGGUCUACCAAAAAUGACACUUACUUACCUUGUAUUUUGACCUUAUUGAAUACUAGACAAAGCAUAGUGUCCAACUCUUUGGUUGUUAUCUCAAACUCCAAACAAUAGGCCAAAGUAAAACACAAUCUGACGUUCACAUUCAUUAACAAACUCAAGUGACAUAGCAAACAUGGCACGACUUGACCCAUGACCAUUAGGAGUCCACAUGGGCAAGUGAAAUAAUCAAAAUUGGGAUUUAAAAAAUUUUAAUAUUUUUUUUUUACUAAAUGCACUAAUGCAUACAGGAUGACUCAAUUAGUUUUUUUUGACAAACUUACCCGGGGGAGGGGGGGGGGGAAUUUCAAUAUUCAUGAACCGUGACCCGCCGGUGUCUUGUCACCCGUAGCCCACUAGACGAACCAUUGAACUUUUCCAAAAAGUGAUCAAACAUCCUCAGUAGCUGAAGAAUGGUUGAUCAAACCCACUGCAGAAAAUUAUGAUUUAUGCUUAGACAUAUCAGCCUAACAAAUUUCAAAUAUGUUGAUAACAGACGCAAGUGCCUAUACCAAAAUUUUGCAAGAUAUGCAAGUGUAAGACUUUUAUUAUUUCAUACUUCUGUCAUUAUUGGGCUGCUAAAUGCCUCUAUUUUCUUUCUCUAUGUAUACUCUACUCUCUGGUGCUAAGACAUUUCAAGUUCUGUCACUGUCUUUUACUUUUAGUUGUCAUUUAUUUAUUGACCUCGUGCACGAUGUUCUCGCUUACUAAAUCUAUUUAUAGCAUACUCGUCAUUCUUUGAUUUGUUCAAUAUUUGUUUUAUUUCUUUUAUGUUCGUGUUCACAUUUUUUAAAAGCCACGAAUGAGUUAAUAAAGAAUAUCUGAUCAAGCGCA